AUGGAAGUUGAACUGAUUUCGAAAGAAAUCAUAAAACCAUCUUCAUCAACACCUCCUCACCUACGAAACAUGAAACUCUCUCUUUUUGACCAAGGUGGUGGCCUCAGUCAUGUACCAAUCAUUUUAUAUUAUACCAAGAGGGAUGCAAAUUUCAACAUCAAUGAAAAGGUGAUUAAUCAACUCAAGGACUCACUCUCGAAAACACUGGCUCUCUUCUACCCUCUUGCCGGAAGAGUCAAAGACCGCUUCUCUAUCGAUUGCAAUGAUGAGGGUGUCCUGUUCUCAACCACCCGUGUUAAUUGUGACAUGGCCAACCUGAUCACAACACAACCACCCGAUCUUCAGUCUUUUUCCGCACUUGUUCCAUAUUAUGUUUUCGUUGAUCCACGCGAUAAGGUAGUUCAAGUUGCUAUUCAACUCAACAUAUUUACUUGUGGUGGAGUCGUGAUCUCUGGGUGUUUUAUGCACAAGAUCAUGGAUGGUGCAACCAUUGGUGCCUUCCUUAAAUCUUGGGCCUCCAAUUCCAUUGCAAGAUUAGGCUUAUCAUCAUCACCACCACCAGAAGAAGAAAAAGAAGAAAAAAAGUUAGUAUACCCAGGGGUCUCAAUGAUUACUUCCAAACAAACCCUACCAGCUGAUCACUCAAACUGGCCUGAAAGGAUGUAG